AGGGUGGAGGACACCGGCUACAGCCCUGCCUCCUCUCUGCAGGCGAACACACGGCAGAGUAGACACACGGCAGGCGAGCAGAAAUACAGCACCAUCACAGGGCAACAAAGGGACGCAUGGUUCAUCUACGAGGCAUCAAAUUAAUAAAUGAUUUGAAACAGGCACUGCUUGGAGGAAAAAACGCUUUGCUUGCAUUUGUCCUGGCUUCAAAGCACUUAACAGAGAUGGAGCUGGAGCACUUUGAUGAGCGGGACAAGGCUCAAAGGUACACUCGGAGGGGCUCAAGAGGGAAUAUGCUCCACAGUCCCACACAUAGCGCUCACUGCAGCCUGUACAGAACCAAGACGCUGCAAGCCCUGACCUCCGAAAAGAAGGCCAAGAAGAUUCGUUUCUAUCGCAAUGGAGACCGCUACUUCAAAGGGAUUGUGUAUGCCAUUUCUCAGGAGAGAUUUAGGUCCAUAGAAGCACUCCUGGCUGACCUCACGCGGUCCCUGUCAGACAAUGUCAACUUGCCACAAGGCGUGCGGACCAUAUAUACCAUCGAUGGGACGUCAAAGAUCACCGGCAUGGACCAGCUGGUGGAAGGGGAGAGCUAUGUCUGUGCAUCCAUAGAGCCCUACAAGAUGCUGGACUACACAAAAAAUGUGAAUCCCAACUGGGCAGUUGGUGCUUGGUCCGCCAUGUCCAUCCGUGACCCUUCUUCCCUCGGUAGCGCCAAGGCUGGAUCCCCAGAAACCAGAGAGAGCAAGGACUUUAUUAAGCCUAAGCUGGUAACCAUUGUCCGGAGUGGAGUAAAGCCUCGCAAGGCCGUCCGGAUCUUGCUCAACAAGAAGACGGCCCAUUCCUUUGAGCAGGUCAUGACUGACAUCACAGACGCCGUCAAGCUGGACUCGGGGGUCGUCAAAAGGCUGUAUACUGUUGACGGAAAGAUGGUUACCUGCCUUCAGGACUUUUUUGGGGACGAUGAUAUCUUCUUUGCCUGUGGCCCUGAGAAGUUCCGCUAUCAAGAUGACUUCAACUUGGAAGGAAUUGACUGCAGGGUGGCUAAAUCUGCAUCGUAUGGCCGGCUACCCUCCGUGCAGGGUCUCUCUUCACCAAGAGGUGGUGGGAUGUCCCGCCGCAGCAAGUCUCCAUCAUCCACCGGUUCAGCUAAUGGCACUGCAAGCAGUCAACUGUCCACACCUCGAUCUGGGAAGUCUCCGAGCCCGUCUCCGACCAGUCCAGCUAGCCUCCGAAGACGACGGGGAUCUCAACACAGUGGCUCCUCACUCUCUUUAGCAUCCACCAAGGUGUGCAGCUCAAUGGAUGAAGGUGAUGGGCCUGGCAGUGAAGAUCUUCUGUUUUCCUCCACAGCAGAGCCAUCGGAUGAGUACCGCACGGUGCCUGCAUCCAUUGCAGAGAGGUACAAAGUGGGGAGGACUUUAGGGGACGGGAACUUUGCUGUGGUCCGAGAGUGUGUGGAGAGAUCCACUGGACGAGAAUAUGCUCUGAAAAUCAUCAGCAAAAAUAAAUGCAAGGGAAAGGAGCACAUGAUCCAGAGUGAAGUGUCAAUCCUUCGGCAUGUUAAACAUCCCAACAUUGUUCUUUUGAUUGAGGAAAUGGACACCUAUAAUGAGCUCUAUCUUGUAAUGGAGUUGGUUAAGGGGGGCGAUCUCUUCGAUGCAAUCACCUCCUCAAACAAAUACACAGAGCGAGACGCCAGCUGUAUGCUGUUUAAUUUGGCAAGUGCCAUCAAGUACCUGCAUAGCCUCAAUAUUGUCCACAGAGACAUUAAACCAGAAAACCUGUUGGUGUUUGAGCACCAUGAUGGCAGUAAGUCUCUGAAGCUUGGUGAUUUUGGCUUGGCUACUGUUGUCAAUGGGCCCCUCUUUACUGUGUGUGGCACACCUACCUAUGUAGCACCAGAGAUCGUCGCUGAGACCGGGUAUGGCCUCAAGGUUGACAUUUGGGCAGCUGGUGUCAUCACUUACAUACUAUUGUGUGGCUUCCCUCCUUUUAGUUGCUCUGGUGAAGAUCACGAGGCUCUCUUUGAGCAGCUUUUGAAGGCCCAGCUUGAUUUCCCCAAACCUCACUGGGACAGUGUUUCUGAGACGGCCAAGGAUCUGAUCACUGGGAUGCUGGAGAUAGAGGUGGAUCAGAGAUACACGGCUGUGCAAGUGCUUGAUCACUCCUGGGUCAAUGAUGAUGGUGGGUCAGAGAGCAAGCACCAGCUGCCUGUGGCUGGGAAGAUCAAGAAGCACUUCAAUACGGGGCCCAAGCUGAACAGCACCACUGCAGGAGUGUCAGUCAUUACAACCACGCCACUCGAUAAGGAGAAGCAAGUUUUGCGAACAAGACGCCAACAGGAUGUGACAUUUUCACCCCAACUUCCACACACCGUCGGUGCUGGCGCCUCCCGCGUUAACAACCCUGUCCUCUGCGCCGCUGAGCCCGAGGACCAAUCCCCAAGAUCGGCUGACACUGUUUGUUCACCCACUUCUCCAUUGUAACGGUCUCCCAGAGGCCGCAGCCCAUAUGUAGCCCUCUGGGAGUCCAAAAGGGAAGGACCCAACAUUGGGUUCAGUCUGCUGACCUGGAAAACAUACCUACCUGCACCUAUUUUAAGUUUUUCCCAAUCAUAAUAUGUCAACUUUUAUUAUCAAAUGCAUUUAUCAAAGUAAGGGACAAGAUGGGGUCGAGAUCAAAGAAUACAUUUUUUAAGCAUUCUACACAUUUGUUUCCUUGUUUCUUUUUUUUUUCUCUUCCAAGAAAGUCACAAAACUCUAAAAGCCUUAGUUCUUCACAAAAACACUGGUACAUUGUAGUUCCCCAGAGCCCCCUACUGGUUUAUAGGGUAUACUGCAGGAAAUAGCCCGCAUAAUAAAAAAACGUUUUUUCAUGAAACGUGUAAAUGAAAAAGCAAACAUUUGCUUCGAAAUAUUGAAUUACAUGAUUGUAUGACAUGAUAAUAAAUGUAAAUUAUUGUGGUGAAAACCCAACAAUAAUAGUCACCUUCCGGCUGUACUUUGUGACUUUCUGGUUUCUCUGUGCCAAGGUAUUUAGGGUUCUGGUGCAUAAACCGUGGACACUGUUUAUCUGGAAGGAAGAAGCCGAAAUAACAUGCUGCUAUGAUGUACCGUAAGCAUUAUUUGUACUUUUUUUGUGUAGGGCAAAUAUUGUCCUGCCACCCAGUACUAUUUCUCUUUUGAGGGUUCUAAUAUUUGACUAUUGAUAGUCCAGCUCACCUGAGUGCUUGAGGAUUAUUGAAAUAGUAGACCUGUUACAUGUCUGUUAGAGUGCUUGUAAUAGAGUGGUGGUACAGAUGAAUGUCAGUGCUGUGUAGUUGUUAGUAAGUGCAUGUUUAAAGUUUAAAGACCGUGGCUUAUGUUUAAAGGCCUUUGCUUAUAAGAAGAUAAGUACAAUUGGGUGUACUGCUCAGUGAGUACAGUAUCUGUCCUUCAAAAUGCUUGAAUGAGUGACAAGGGAUCUAUUGCUGGUAUUAAUGGCAGCCAACUUACCCAGUUCUCUAUCCAAUGGGAGCUAUUUACUCUUUGCAACAUGGAAUUUUUUUUUCCCACAUAAAUGUUUACACAACAGUGCUUCCAGUAAAAUUCCCUUUGUUCAUCCAGCCACUACUGAAUUGAAUAUUACAGUAUUGUAUUAAUGUGAUUGCUCACCAAACUGUGUUCUCUGACCGCUUCAUACAGUUCACCAGUAACCAAGUGUCCUGUUCCAUUCAUCAGACUGUAAAUUGCAUGUGUGGUAAUAUGCAUCCUAAAUCUAUUUGGCUAUUCUACUGUUAGAUAUGCCUGUCAUAUUUGAAGUCAUUUGUGUUAUCUUUGUACAUGCUGUUUUAGUGAAUUCAAGUCAGUUAAGGCAGACUCUAGUCAUACUACAUCCACAUUAAACCACUAGCUUUUAUUUUAAGGGCUUUAAGCUUUCUGACUGGAAGGGAUUGAACCAAAAAGCACAAGGACAGAAAGUUGUGAUAGUGACUUUUUGGGAAUGUUUAUGCUUUAAAGACUGUUCAUUUAAAAUAUAUUUAAUGUUUAUAUCCAGUAAGACAAACUGAUACUCUAAGACAACUCGGAAUGUCAGCAGUGUGAAGAAGAAUGAGAAUCUGAAUGCUGUAUUAUAUUCAUCCAUAUUUCAUCAAUCUAAGGGUAUUAAAAGCAAUUACAAUGAGUAUAAAAAAUCCUAAAUCUUUUAAUUAAUGAGGGAGAAAAAGAUUGUAGUUAAAUAAACAUUAAAACAAUGUAGCUAUCUGCAAUGAAACCACAUCUGGGAAUAAAAGAUUUCAUUAAUUUGUGAA